AUGCCCACCAGCCAAAUUGUCCCUGCUACCAAAGCCGAAAUUGGGUACAAAGCCACCAUUGCAAGCAUCACGUCAAAUGACACCAUGGAUACCACACCUCCCGAAAAUUUCUGGUGUCCACCUCGCUUUGUGCAAACAACUGCAUUUGGCACAAGUUUACCUCAAUUGGAGCAUGGAGCACUCCAUUACAUGUCAUAUACCUCUGUUGGUGGAGGACUUGCGUCAUUCGUGCCCGCCUCCUUCCCCAAAUGGUUGUUUGCACAAAGCGAGGCAGAGUCAAGAGAUUUCUGUGAGGUGUCUAGGGUUUUGCAUUCAGCUUUUAUUCUGAUGACGUCGCUCACACCAUCGAUGAUUGGCCUUGACUCCAUCUCCACAUCCAGAUCUGACAACUCGACAGCCAGUCAUGGCAGCGUCGGGUCAGAGCUUCACGCUGGAUUGGACACUGCCGCGCUUCUUAAGGCACUGCACGAUGCACAUAGCCAGCUCAAUGCUGUGAAGGCUGAGAACCAACAGCUAAAACAAGAACUUGCCGCUUCCCGUUGUCAAAACAAUGGCUCCAAAGCUCCGUUGCAAGAACUUGCUGCACACGACGAAGAAAUCAGUAAACUAGGGAAAGUUUUUGCUCAUUUUUACUCGUUCUGGAUUCAGCAGAGCACACCUUCCCCAUUCGAUAUUUCUCACCCUGACUUCACGUGGGAUAGCGAGGACCGGUACCUCAAUUCAACAACAAGAUUAGCCGGCCAAACUGCAGAGCUCUACAUGUGUGUUCCUCCUCAAUACCAUGACUACAUGGUGAAGCAUGAGAAUUUCCGAAGUAUUUUCCGAGCGAGCGUCUCAUCAGGCCGCUCAAACACACUUCUGCGCAUGCGUGGGAGUGCAGGGGCAAUUUUUGGCCUUAACCAAAGCCUCUUUGACUACAAUCCCAAGUGUGACGAGAAGCGCAUGGAAGCUAAUCCUGAACUUGUGACACUUCUUGGCUUCAACCCCUGCGGGAAAACACCUACAGCAUGCUACCCCUCAAAUGCACCAGUUCUCUAUACUAAUGGCAAUACUCACGAUGAAGAGGGCAUGUUCAGAAGUGAUUACUUGAUCUCCAUGGCAUGUCUCAUCACCUAUGGCCCACGAUCGUACACAUCAGAGAGAGCUGCAUUCAACAAGAACAGUCCCUUUCACAGCCAUGUAGAUGGUGUUACCUUUGGAUUUAUUAGCAACACCGCAGUCGUCAUUCGUUUUCUUCUCGGAGGUGAUCCUGAGCUGAACAAGCAUGGCAUCGGAAAACUUACAGGAAUCAACCACGCGAGCGAGGCAGAAGCUUACAAAAAGCUUUUAAUCGAAAAUCAGGAUUUUUUCCACAAUUCCUCCUCGCUCCCGACUCACAGGACGAAGAAGAAGAAGCACCAUGUGUCCGGGUUGACGCUGAUGAAAACCCCAGGUCUCGAUUCCAUGUUCCGUGGACUGCAUAUGGGAGCCGAUACUUCUUCAGCUCCCACUUCAAAAAAUUCUAGCUCACUCCCACUCCCCCAGACCCUUCCAACUGAUGUAGUGUGCGUGAACGCCCACUCAGAUGUGGAACAGGCGCCGGAUUUGCAUCCAAACGUGGAAGCGCACACCCCUGCUCCUGUUGCGCCCAUCUCCCAAUCAAUCAAUCCACCCCGUGGACAUCGUCGAGUCCCCAUGCCAGUUCCCUCAACCUCCGAGGCUGUUGCUGAUGUGCCUGUGCCACCUGCUAAAGCUCCCUGUGGUCGACGCCCAAAACAGGUUUCAGUUGUUCAAGUUGAUGCUGAUUCCGGUGCCGGAAUACCUAGUGCUUGA